AUGGCCUCGUCUUCCUCAAACGUCGUCGGUGUGCACUACAGGGUCGGCAAAAAGAUUGGAGAGGGGUCUUUUGGCGUUAUUUUCGAAGGGACGAACCUACUCAAUAACCAGCAGGUGGCCAUCAAGUUCGAGCCCAGGAAGAGCGAUGCUCCCCAACUGCGCGACGAAUACCGAACCUACAAGAUUCUUGUAGGAUGCCCGGGAAUCCCCAAUGUUUACUACUUUGGACAGGAGGGUCUCCACAACAUCCUUGUGAUUGACCUUCUGGGUCCGUCGUUGGAGGAUCUGUUCGACCACUGUAACCGUAGGUUCACGAUCAAGACAGUGGUGAUGGUUGCGAAGCAGAUGCUUUCUCGGGUACAAACGAUUCACGAGAAGAAUCUCAUCUACCGCGACAUCAAACCCGACAACUUCCUGAUUGGAAGGCCAGGCACCAAGACGGCAAAUGUUAUCCACGUUGUCGACUUCGGCAUGGCCAAGCAAUACAGAGACCCGAAGUCUAAGCAGCACAUCCCCUACAGGGAGAGGAAAUCCUUGUCAGGCACCGCCAGGUACAUGAGCAUCAAUACUCACUUGGGUCGUGAGCAGUCCCGUCGUGACGAUCUUGAGGCUCUAGGUCACGUAUUCAUGUACUUCCUCCGUGGAGGUCUGCCAUGGCAAGGCCUGAAGGCCGCUACCAACAAGCAGAAGUACGAGAAGAUUGGAGAGAAGAAGCAGACCACUGCGAUCAAGGAGCUUUGCGAAGGAUUCCCCAUCCAAUUCGAGAAGUACCUGACAUAUGUCCGCAACCUCGGUUUCGAAGACACUCCCGACUACGACUACCUGCGCGAAUUGUUCACCCAGGCACUGAAGGAAUCAGGUGGCGUUGAAGACGGCGAAUACGACUGGAUGAAGGUCAGCAAGGACAAGAAGAGCGAUUGGGACAGGCAGGCGAUGCACAACCCCAACCAACGCCCCGGGGCCUCCAACAUGGAGCUCCACGGUGCCUCGCGAGGGGCCCACGCAUCCGACCUACGGGACCCUCGAGCACGCCUUACAGUCGACCGUUUAAACGCCGCACAACCUCCGCCUCCUUCACCGAUCAAGGCGAACCAAGGGAAAGAUCGGCGAAACGCGCCCGGCGCAAUUAUGGCGUCGAGGGGGAACGCUGGGGGUCUAAGGGAUAUGGCGACCCCGACUGGGUCGACUCAGGCGCAGUUCCAGAACAGCACUCAGAACUUGCCUCAAAGGCCAAUGCACCAGCAGAGCAACAUGACCCAGCCACAACUGAAUAACGGCAGGCCUGCCGAACCAGAGCCAACCGGCUUCCAGAAGUUCAUGAAGGUUCUUUGCUGUGGUUAG